ACCGACCGUGAAACACAAUAGCGCCCCCGCUGGAACGGCCGUUUCUAGUGGAGCAGCAGCGACGGAACAACGAGACCCGAAGUUCUCCAGCAGCCUUAUCUCGAGCAGUGACAAACCACUGUUUAUCGGCCAUCGCAACGAACCGUCGUCGACUGGCACGAAAAGUCAGCCAUGGAUAAACUACGCGUGGUGGACCUGCGAUCGGACACGCUGACCAAGCCGACGCCCGAAAUGCGCCGGGCCAUGAUGGAUGCCGAGGUCGGCGACGACGUCUUCAAGGAGGACCCCACCGUCAACGAACUCGAACGUGUGGUGGCCGAGCUGCUGGGAAAGGAGUCUGCUCUGUUCGUGCCCACGGGGACCAUGGGAAACCUGGCAGCAGUAAUGGCCCACUGUGACCAGAGGGGCCAAGAGAUCCUUGUCGGCGACGCCUCGCACAUAUUUCUCAACGAGCAAGGCGGAGUGGCCCAGGUGGCCGCGGUGCAGAGCUGGGCGGUGCCGACGCAGAAGGACGGUCGUCUGCUCGUGGAAGACCUGGAGUUCCGAGUGAGGCACCAUGACUUCCACUGCCCCAAGACCGCUUUGCUGUGCUUGGAGAACACGCACAACGUAUGCGGGGGCACCGUGCUCCCCCUCGACUACGUGGAACAGGCCGCUCGGUUCGCGAGAACUCACCAGAUCCCGCUGCACAUGGACGGCGCCAGAAUCAUGAACGCGGCGACGUAUUUGGGCCUCCCCGUUAAGGACCUUCUCAGGGGUGUCGACACCGUCAUGAUGUGCAUCUCAAAGGGCCUCGCCUGUCCCAUAGGAUCCCUGGUGGCCGGCCCGAAGGAUUUCAUCGACAAGGUGUCCCGAGUGCGCAAGUGCCUGGGCGGCGGCAUGCGCCAGGCGGGCAUCGUGGCCGCGGCGGGCCUCGUCUCCCUCGAGACCAUCGUGCCCAGGCUGCACGAGGACCACGAGAACACGCAGAGGCUCGCCAGGGGCGUCUGUUUGAAAGGCAACCCGUACAUGAGCAUGGACUUGGAGACGGUGCAGACCAACAUGGCAGUCUACGACUUCCACGACAUCAGUCGGCUGUCGCCCGUCACCUUCUGCGAGCGCCUCGGAAAGGUGACGCAGAGGGAGUACGAGGACCUCCAGCAGGCCGUCACGGUGAAGAUGAUUCCCAUCAGCCACAGCAAGGCCCGCGCCGUGCUCCACAACGACGUGAACUCGGACGACGUGGACGCCGCCGUGGUCAAGAUACGCUACGUCAUCGAAGAACUGUGCCGGUCCGCCGGGGCCUAGGUGGACAUUGCGCGGUGUCGCACGCGCGGGACGCGGCGGGCGGAGUAACGUAUGCGCAUGCGCAGAGUCGACGGAAAGCCUCCCUGUAUAGUCUUCGCAGUAAACGCCGACCAAUUAUACGAAA